AUGCUCUAUGCGGAAGCAGUGUGGCUGCAAUCACUGGACUGUGCAUGUAAGAAAAUAGGUAUCUUUAUCGUCAUGACAGACAAAACAGCUUCUUUGCAAUCUCGAACUACUGUACAGCAAUGCCUUCAUGCCAGACUUCAAGUCAAACCUCCCGAUGAGCAGUCGGAGGCAGAGUGGGUAGAGAUUGACCGCGGAAUGGUUAUUUGCAUCUGUUUCUUCAAAGGAGCCACUGAAGACAUAAUUCCAAAAAUGGUGACGUCCCUCCUAAACAUUAAGCUGUGUGAAACGGACUCAGGAAAGUAUGUGUCGGUGCUGGACCUGCCAGGUAGUGUCCUAAUCGUCCCUCAGGCUACACUGGGAGGCAAAGCCAAAGGCAAGGUAAUGCAGUACCAUGGCAACGUUGGGAAAGAGGAAGGACAGCAGCUGUAUGCUCAGUUUGUCUCCCAGUGUGAGAAGGAGGUUGCUGCCUCCAGUAAGUGCUCUGAGGCUGGAGUUAUGGUUAGACACGGGACCUAUGGAAACAGACAAGUACUUAAACUGGACACGAACGGACCAUAUACUCAUUUAAUGGAGUUUUAAUGGAGUUUUGUCUUUUUUUUUGCAGUGCCUGAUGAACCGUGAGAAAAACAACAUGUUGUAUAAUUGUAAAAUUCUGUUUAUGUGAAUAGACUGAUAAAGACCUUAAAAUGCUUACUUAAAUGCUAUUUCAUGUAGUUAUCAAGUAGAUAUUCCUUUAGAUAUAAGUACAAAGUAGGCUAUAAAAUCAUCACCAAAUAGGUUAGUUAUGGGCAACUAUAAGAACACUGCUAUACAACAUUUUUGAGCUACUAUAUCACUUCUAAUCUCCCUUUACCUCCUCCCCCUCCUUCACACAGGUGUAAACUACACCUUUAUAUCUAUUCAGUGACCUUGAGCAAUUCACUAUCUGUCAUAUUGCUUUGAUAAGAAUCUCCUGAUGUCAAUAUUUUAAGCGAAUAGUACAGGUAAUAGAAAGGAAAGAAAACACAUUUCAGGCAUCAUGAAAGAUAUGAGAAAAAUAUUGGAUGUAACAAUAAAUAAAGACAACUGAAAGAAAACAUA